ACCCGGUCGCUUGGGCGCGCGUCUUUUUGCGCUUUGCUCGGAUUAUAAUACUCCUCGUCCACGCAAGGCUGUACCGGAAAUAGCUGGCGAAGAUGUGGAUUAUAUCAUUUUGGGUCUUCCCCAUUGUAUCAGCGUGCACAUGGAUCGCCAUGCUGAUUGCGAUGCUGGCGACUUGGGCGAGAGAAGGCUCGCCGAUAUAUGCCAGUAUGGAGCUGGGCCAGACGAUCGCGUAUAUUUCGGAUAUUGGAGCGCAGGGCCUGAAGCCGCUGUUCAUUGCAGGCAGCUGCGUCACCGUCGUUUUUCUCGAUCUUUCGUUCAUGUCGGAGCGGUGGCUGCGACACGCGGGUCAAUUGGUGCCGAACAAGGGCCCCUUUGACAAAGCCUGCGCCAUCGCUUCGAUCUGCUUCUCAAUCGCGGGCGCCUUAGGGCUGAUCCUGCUGUCGAUCUUUGAUACCCUCCGUCAUCCCCACAUGCAUGACGGCUUUUUGGUUAUGUUCUUGGUCGCAUACUUGAUCAGCGCCAUUCUCAUUUGCUGUGAAUACUGGCGCCUGGGCAUCUUCUACCGCUCGCAGCAUCGGGUUCUGUUGGCCAGUUUCGUGAUCAAGCUUUCGUUUGUGAUCAUCGAGAUUGCGCUCGCCAUUGCCUUUGGAGUCUUGGGCAAUAAGGGUGGUCGCUACAGGAACGCGGCGGCGGUAUUAGAAUGGGUGAUUGCGCUCAUCUUCACGUUCUAUGUCCUCUCCUUUGUAAUCGACCUGUUGCCAUCGGUGCGCACCCGCCGACAUGCCCCGCAAGGCGAGAAGAUGUCCCGGGUCGGACAGAUGAAUGGCUAUGCCAACGGAACAACGAAUGGGACAGAUGGGACGUACGAGGAGCCAGUGACCAUGGACUCGGCCGGUCCGAAUGCCAACUACUACCGCGGCCAGCGAAUGUGAAUACCCCGUGCGCGGCGAACGAUUUCUUAUGUGGAGCACAUAACCGGUGCAAAGUGGUUUGAUACGAUAAUAAACGAUAGAUACCCGGUGGUUCCUUUCUCAGCGACUGGAAUAAUGGAUUUGGUAGAUGUGUCGAGACCUGAUGAUGACGAUAACUGUUAGUUGGAUCCCU